AUUACUAAACCCUAAAAAUAUAGUACUAUAUAGUAAAAAACAAAAAGAGAAUGUUAGAAGAAAAAAAAAUUUAAUUAAAUCUCUCUAUAAUAUGUUAUAGCUACUUCCCCCUUCCUUUUAUGUUUUUCCUUCAUCUUCUUUCUCUUUUCCUUUCUUUUUAUUGGUAUUGAUUCUCUCCCACCACAUAUAUUUCCAAAAAACUUAUCAACCUUUUUAUAUAAAAGAGAUAAAGAUCAAAGAGAUCAAAGAAAGAAAAUCAUGGUUUUCUCAUCUUUUCCUGUGUAUCUAGAUCAUCCCAAUUUGCAUCAGUUACAACAGGCUGACGGCCAUCAACAAGGAAAUACUGGGCUGGAGCUUCCAACUGUGCAGCCCCCACCUAUGCAGGUGGGGGCUAGUCCGGGCUCAAUCAGACCAGGUUCUAUGGUGGAUCGAGCCCGUUUAGCUAAGAUUCCACUACCGGAAGCUGGAUUAAAGUGUCCAAGGUGUGAUUCAACAAACACAAAGUUCUGCUACUUCAACAACUACAACCUUUCCCAACCAAGACACUUCUGCAAGACGUGUCGCCGGUACUGGACUAGAGGGGGCGCCUUGAGAAGCGUGCCGGUAGGAGGAGGAUGCCGGAGGAACAAGAGAAGCAAAAGUAGUAGUAACAACAACAACAACAGUUCAAAGAGUACAGGUGUAAGUAAUGUCAAUACUAAUACUAUUGCUUCGGGUACUUCAACAAGUGCAAGUCCUUCAAGCUGCAGCACAGAAAUAAUGAAUGGUCGUCAUCACUUCCCUCAUGAACAACCAACGCAGUUAACUCCUCUCAUGGCGGCUUUUCAAAACCUUAAUCAUCACUACGGCGGAUUUCAACCUAAUUUGGUUUCAACACACCAUGGAAAUGGAAGCGCGCUUAGUAGUCAUCAUCAUGAAAUGGGAUUUCAAAUAGGGAAUAGUACCAAUACAAAUAAUACUAACAAUUUACCUGUACCCUCAGGAGGAGGAGGAUCUGAUCAUCAGUGGAGAUUGCCAUCUUUGGCAGCAAAUACAAAUUUGUACCCUUUUCAACACGGUAGUGAUCAAGGAAUUCAUGAAUCAUCAUCUGGUAACAAUAAUAAUAUUAACGGUCAUCAUGAUGAGCAAGGGUUAAAUUCGACGAAACAGUUUUUGGGAACAAUGGAAAAUAAUAGUAAUCAAUAUUGGGGUGGAAACGCAUGGACAGGAGGGUUUUCUGGAUUAAACUCAUCUUCUUCAGCAAGCCAUCUACUUUGAUCAAGCUUCAUUCAUGUAAGUCAAUUUGUGUACUUGACUCUCAAGGAUUAAAAUGUUGUAUGUGUUGGAAUGGGCUGGGGGGGUGGGGGGGUCUAAAUUAGAUAUAUAGUAUACUGGGGGCAUAUUUAAGUCUUUGUUUCCUUGGUCAUUAUCAUCACUUGUAAUUUUAAUGGAUGUUUUUUUUUCUUCUUCUUUUUUAUAACUUAGGUGUGUGAAGUUGUAUUGUGAGUUUUAAUUUGGGUUCUGACAUUAUAAUCUGUUUCCAUCAAAUAUAUGUUAUAUAUAUUAAUGUUGUUUAAUUU